AAAAAAAAAAAAAAACUUUUAUUAAUUUAGAAUUAAUAAUUGAAUCCCAAUUUCAGAAUUAAUUUAUUAAUUGGAUUAAUAGAUUUAAAUUAUUGUUAUUAGUUUAGAAUCAAUAAUAAUAGAAAUAAAUUUAUAUUAAUUUAGAAUUAAUAUAAAUUGAUUAAUCCAUAUUUAAUUAGAGAAUAAAAUAUUAAUUUGAUUAAUAAUUUUAUCCGUAGAGAUUUUAUGUCUUUAUGUGAUAAGCAUGUUAUUUGAUUUUAUGCUUAUUAUUUAACUAUAGUAGUUAAAGACCGCAUUUAUCUUGGGUAGGCGGCGCCCAAUAUAUGUAGUCCGCUUUGCUAUGUAUGGGUAGGCGGCGCCCAAUAUGUGUGGUCCGCAUUUUAUAUGCCUGGGUAGGCGGCACCCAGUAAUUGUGUUGCUAUUUAAUAUUGGAUAUUAAAUAUAAGCAAUUAGUAUCACAUGCUAAAUCCCCAUUAAAUAUAAGUCUUUGUGUAAGCACAAAACGCGUCGUCCAUCAUAAUUGUCUGAGCAACCCAUCCUUUUCGAUCAAGAGUAUUUACAUAAAAUUGUAUGCUCUAAUCUACAAGGCCAAGGCUCAUUCAUAGGUUGGCACCGUGUGAUGGGGUUGACUUACUUAAAUUAUUUUGGAACGCAAAGCGACCAAGAAUAAUUUAAGGACGCAGAUUAAUUUGAUUAAUCAACCAAGAGUUGCAAAAUUGUUGUUGCAAUUGGCUUAGAGGCCUACUAAGUAAUAUUAUUGUAGUCAUCAGCAAAGCAGAGGCUGCAUAAUAUUGACUUGGAUCUUGGACCACUAAAAUUUAUAUGGAUUAUAAAUUCGUGUUUUACGUUGGGGGCGUAAGAUAUGUUAAAAUUAGUGGGAGCUAAUCAAUACGAUAGCCCAUUGUUUGAUUAGUGAUACAAUGUGAUCAUAGUUUAUUCUUUCUAAUUUGCUUUUCUUUAUUUAUUGAUCAGAUAAUAUGUCGAAUUUGUCAUUGAAAUGUUUGAUGGAAACAAAUAAGUUGACUGGGUCAAACUUCACGGAUUGGCUCCGUUGCUUGCGUCUGGUCUUAAGGCUAGAAAAGAUUGAGUAUGUCUUGGACAACCCAAUCACUGUCAUUCCUGACAAGAAGUCUGCUGAGUAUGCAUCAUUUGAUGAGGCUGCUCACAAGAAGCAUGUCGAGGAUGCAACAUCGGCACAAUGUGUGAUGCUGUCCUCUAUGACUACGGAGUUACAGAGGCAACACGAACACAUGUUCCCUUAUGAUAUGCUGAAACACUUGAAGAGUCUGUAUGCUUCAGAAGCUCAGACUAUGGAGUAUGAGAUACUCCGAGAUCUUUUCAAGUGUAAGCUUCAUGAUGGGGGUCAGGUUUCUGAUCAUGUACUGAAGAUGAUCGGGUUGAUUGAGAGGUUGGCAUCGAUUGGAACGAUGCUACCCGCUACUGUCUCUGUCAAUCUGAUUCUGCAGUCUUUGCCUGCCUCAUUUGAAAACUUCAUAGUGAACUUCAAUAUGAACGGCACGAAGGCAAGCCUGCCUGAGCUUCAUAACAUGUUGAAGACCUAUGAGUCUUCCACCUCUAAGGCAAAUUUGUGCUCAUGGUGAGCUCUACUGCCACGUCUUCCAAAAGGAAGCACAAGCAGAAGAAAAAGCAGAAGAAGGCAUUUGAUGCUGGUUUGAAGCCUAAAGGUGGAGGAGCUCAGAAAAAGCCGAAGUUGCUAAAGGAUGAGUGCCUAUUCUGUCAUGAAAAGGGGCACUGGAAGAGAGACUGCCCGAAAUAGAAGGCACAAGGUGCAUCGGGUAUGAGCUCAGGGUCUAAGUGAAGUCAGGAAAGUGAGGCCCGGGGAAGUCGAUCUACGCGUGGGAAAUGGAGCAAAAGUUGCUACCGAAUGCGUGGGGACUUAUAGAUUAGAUCUUCCUUCGGGAAAUAGACUUGUUUUAAGUAAUUGUUACUUUGUUCCUUCUAUUUCAAAGAAUAUUAUUUCCAUUCCGAUGUUGGACAUUGAAGGUUUUUCCUUCCAUUUUGGAAACAGUCGAUGCUCGUUUUCCCUUAAUGGAUUGUUUUAUGGAA